AAUAAUAUAAAUUUGAACGUAAAAUUGGUAAAAACUAAUUAAUAUUAAGUUGGAAAAUCAAAAGUGAGAUCUUGGGACAUUUUUUCUUCUUCUUUCAUACGAACUAAUGGAAAAUUUACCGUCAAAAAAGAAAAAAAAAAAACUAAUGGAAAAUUAAACAAGUACGUAGUAGUAUUUAACAUUUACAAAGGCGCGAAGGUUUAGAGUUUUAGAGACGCAUCGUUUUGCAGAGAGAGUAACUCUUCAUCCAAAAAACCAUGGCUUUUUGGGCUGUUGAAAUCAAACCUGGAAAGCCUUUUACUCACACAUACGAUGGUUCCAAAGGACGCCUUCACAUUUCAAUGGCCACUUUGGGACAUGGCACUGCAAUUACGAAAAGCACACUGCAAUGUAAUGUGGGAAACAAAAGCCCUGUUUAUCUUUGCUCUCUUUAUCCUGGUGCUGGAAACACUGAGUCGUUGCAAUUGAAUUUGGAGCUUGAGGAAGAUUGUAAUGUUAUUUUCUCUGUCAUUGGCCCUCGGAGUAUUCAUCUCUGCGGUUAUUAUCUUGCUCGUGGACGCUAUAACAAUACUCUUGAUGAAUCGGAAUCAUAUGGAGAAGAUAUAGCUGAUACAGAAAACGAGAAAUCUGCUCACAGUGACGAAGAUGACUACGAUGAUAGUUUUAUUGAUGAUGAUGGUGAUCUAGAAGUUUUCCCACCAUCUCCUAUUUCCAAUGAAGAGGAUGCAUCUUAUGAUAGCGGACGGAAAAGUGCGAAAGGCAGCCGAAGAAGGAUGAGGAAGAAGUACCAGUUGAUAGAGUCGGAUGAUGAUAUCGGUCUUGAAGAAAAGAAAAUUGUCAAUGACAGUGUGCAUGUACAAUCUCAGGAAAUUGAUAAUGAAGAUUGUCUACCAAUUUCAUCUAUUUGCAAGAAUAAAGCCUCUGGAAGGAUCUUGGAUCAGGCAAUGGAUGAGAAUGUUGAAGAAGACGCAGUCGAUACUGGCAAAAAAGAUAGUGAAGACCCUGAAAAUAGUCCUAUUGAAACAAAAUUGAAAACUGACGAUGUUGUUGCUGAUAAUCAGACUCAUAGGGAAGCUGAACCUUCAGAUCACUUGGCAGUUCCUUGCACUGUUCCGGAUGUUGGGGAUAUUAAAAAGUCAAAAAAGAAAAAGAAGGGAAAGGAAAAAGAAACCAAGAGUUCUUGUAAUGACCAUUCCACCGAAUCAGAUAAUGCUGUGCAAGAGAAGGAAAAAAUGAACACGGCCCAGGAUCUCUUGGAUCAGGAAAUGACUGAUAAUGUUGACAGUGAAGCAGUUGAUGCUGGAAAAAAAGACAGUGAAGACCCUGAAAAUAGUACCAUUGAAACAAAAUUGAAAAUUGAUGAUGUUGUCGCAGAUAUUCCGACUCACAGCAGGGAAGCUGAACCUUCAGAUCCCUUGGCAGUUCUUUGCACUGUUCCGGAUGUUGGGGAUAUUAAAAAGUCAAAAAAGAAAAAGAAGGGAAAGGAAAAAGAAACCAAGAGUUCUUGUAAUGACCAUUCCACCAAACUAGAUAAUGCUGCGCAAGAGGAGGAAAAAAUGAACACUGCCCAGGAUCUCUUGGAUCAGGAAAUGGCUGAUAAUGUUGACAAAGAAGCAGUUGAUGCUGGAAUAAAAGACGGCGAAGACCCUGAGAAUAGUAAUAUUGAAACAAAAUUGAAAACUGACGAUGUUGUCACAGAUAUUCAGACUCACAGCAGGAAAGCUGAAACCGCGGAUAAAAUACUUCCUUUUUUACAGGUUGGUCAAGGACAGGAUGAUAAACCAAAGAGAAAAAGGAAGGAACGGUCAAAGGAGGAGACAAUUUUUACUGUUGACGAUGCUUGUAUUAGCAAUGUUGAUAACCUGCCACAGGGAAAUGAAGGCAAUAAUCAGGACAUAGUUAAUAGGGAUGUUAAGAUUUCAGACAGUGUUGCACUGCCUUCCACUGAAACAGAUUCUCCAAAGAAAACAAAGAGGAGAAAAAAAGAACAGAAAAACAAAGCUUCACUUCCUGAAGGUGACAAUGGAAAUAGUGAAGGUAUCAUUCACGAUGAGAAAGCCAACAAUGAGACAGCAGAAUCCGGUCGUUUGAUUCAUGAACUUUCUGAAACGAAAGAGCAACAUCAGAAGCUAACAAUUGAAAACAGUGGGAACAACGGUGCUCAAGACAAUCCUGAUGGAAAUCAAUCUGAAGAUAAGAAAGUUAAGAAAAAGAAGAAGAAAAGUAAAAGUCAGGGCAGUGAAGCUGUAAAUUCUGAUUUGCCUGUAUCGGUUGAGCCAAGUACUGAGAUGAUGAAAGAGGAUGGAAAUAAUAUGGAGGAUACAAAGUCUUCCCAAGUUAGAACAUUGUCAAAUGGACUAGUUAUUCAAGAGCUAGAGACGGGGAAAGAAAAUGGGAAAAUUGCUGCAUUAGGAAAAAAGAUCAGCAUCAAUUACACUGGCAAGUUGAAGGAAAAUGGUGCGGAGGUUGAGUCAAAUGCUGGCCAAGCCCCUUUCAAAUUUCGCCUUGGUAAAGGAGAAGUUAUUGAGGGUUUGGAUAUUGGCCUUGAAGGCAUGCGAGUUGGAGAAAAGAGAAGACUCGUAAUUCCACCAUCAAUGACGUCUAAGAAGAAUGGUGACAGUGAAAACAUACCGCCGAAUUCAUGGUUGAUUUAUGAAUUGGAACUUGUAAAAGUUCAUUGAUUACUCCAUCCAACUGAUUGUGGCUGGUCAUGUUUUUGAGUGAAUAUGGGAAAUAUAUGGAGUGAGGAGGCAAUUACGGCUGGUUAAUAAAAAACCAGAUUCAACUGUAUGAUAACAUUUUGGUUGUUGAAUCUCUGUAAUUUUGCCCUUGGUGAUUCAUUUUUGGUAGAGGAUUUACACUUGCAACCAAAUCCAAAAUUUUGCUUCUUUCAGAUACUAUUUAAGAUAUAUAUUGGAUUGGUUGCUUUCCUUUUUGUGCUAUGAUAGAGACUUGAAUCAUGAAGUGGGCCUUGACUUUGGCCCAAGCCUAAGGUGUGGAAAGGAAGGGGAAAGGAAUGAAAGAAUGUUGAGGUGGCAAAGAAUGCAUGAGGAGUGCAUGUGCUGCAUCAGGAAUUGGUUAUAUAUAUAGUGCUUAGUAGAAAGAGAAUAAGAUUCAUUCACGUAUUUGGUUAGUUUGUUUGGAUCACUUUCAUAGUGAUUUGGGGGCACUUAGUGCUUUGGGGCUGUUAGAUUAUCUCUAACAGUUUGUUACUCUGUUUUUACUUGUUUUCCAUGUUCAAAUAAUUGUAAUUGUUCAUCCGUUUCCAUAAUACAGUUACACAAUUUUCAUCAUAA